AUGUUUCUUCCAGAGGACCUCCUAUUCAAGCAGGGCGCGCUUGCGCACGUCUGGCUUGCCUCGAAUCAACAGAAGAAGCUCACCAAGGCCCAGGUGCUGCAGCACAAGAUCCCAGAGAGUUGCGAGGUCAUCAUCCGACCUGAGGUGGCCGCUGGCGGUCCGCUUGCAUUGCGGUUGAACGCGCAGUUGCUCCUCGGUGAGGUUCGCAUCUACAACAAGAAGGUCAACUACCUCCAGGAUGACUGUCAGGAAGCGCUGUGGAAGAUCAGGAUGGCCUUCCGUCCCGGAAACAUCGAUGCGCCCGCCCAGACUCACGUCGCCAAUCCCACAAACCUCAUGCUACAGGAUCAGAUCACCGAUCUCGAUCUGUUGGCUCCCAUGCCCGACCCUUCUUUCCUUCUCUCCCAGCCUCUUAGCGGCAGCCUCAACCUCGGCAACACCACAGUCCCCGAUUGGGACAACAGCCAGUUCCUUUCCGGCAGCAUUGAGCAGGCGCGCGGAGAGCCUAUGGAAUUGCCGGAUGACGACCUGAACCUGGACAUUGGAGAGGAUGAUGACUUGGAGCCGACAGCCGCCUACGACGAGGGUACCAGCAUUGAAGUUGGCCGUAACGCACCUUUGGAACGCCGCCGGUCCGAAGAGUUUACCGGGCUAGGCAAAGACAUGAUAGUGGAUGACGAUGAUCUCGGCAUCGACCUUGGCGAAGAUCCUCCCACUGAACUCGCACGCGGCCAUGAACUCAAUUUGGACGAUGACCUGGAUAUUACUAUGGGCGGUAUGGACAUGGACACCGAACUUCCUGCAGGCUCUAUCGCCGGCGACUUCCCUGUGCGACAACGUGAAGAGUCACCGCUCUCCGAGUUGGGAGAGGAGGAGGCCACACGUCUUGAACAGGAGGUUGCCGAACAGAACGUCACCGUGUUUGAGCCAGAGCCAGAGCAGGAAGAGGAAGAAUCAAUCCAUCAAGCCCGCGCCAAGCGCAGGAGGGUCAUUGCAGCUGAUGCCGAAACUAUGAUCUCAAGUCACCAGUUGAGGGAGCAACAGAACAACCGCGAGAAGAUCCUCAAGCCUGCAUCGUUCCUGCCUCGCGACCCUCUUCUGAUGGCUUUGAUGAACAUGCAAAAGUCCGGAGGGUUUAUCUCAAGCAUACUGGGCGACGGACGAAGCCAAGGAUGGGCUCCAGAGCUUCGAGGCAUCCUUUCCCUAGAAGUUGUCUCACGCCCAGCCCAGAAGCGCAAGCGUGGUGGUGCAAUUGCCGACAAUGACGCUACCGAAGACGAGGCUGCAGCCGAAGGAGAGAAGACGCCACAACUGCAGCUGGAAUUUGAGCAGGAUGAGCCGACUUUGGGAGGCGGUGACCUUGGCCUUGGUGGCGACAACGACCCCACGCUUGCGGGAUCCGACGAUAUCGUUCAACUUCCUGACGACCCUGGCUUCCAACAGGUUGGUGAUGACGAAGAGGACAUUUUCUCGCCCGUUCCAGACAACUUCGACGACACAACCGCGCCGCUAGUCCAUCCCGACGAAGCUGGGCCCGUAUCGCUAGGCACAAAGCACGCUGUCCAUUUCUUGCGAGAACAGUUUGGACCCGAAGCUGAAGAGAGCGAGUCGGUACGACAAAAGACCAGCAUCGUUUUUCAGGAUGCCUUCCCAGAGGCCCGCACAUCACGGACAGACGCGACGAAGAUGUUCUUUGAAAUGCUGGUGCUGGCGACCAAGGAUGCCAUCAAAGUUGAGCAGCCAGCUAACGAGCUUGGUGGCCCUCUACGCAUUCGCGCUAAGCGUGGCCUUUGGGGACAAUGGGCAGAGACUGGUGCUAGUGGCGAGCUGGCAUCCCAGGCUCAAGCAGCACCUACAGGAGAUCCAGACGCGCCCGCUGAGGCCAUGUUCCAGGGACCACCUGAGGUGUCUGUGUCUGCCUAA